AUGCCUAGCGCCGGCGAUGCACCUCCCAUCCUCGACUUCUCAAAUUUCUACCGAAGUGACCCAGCGUCCAAGCAACAGCUCGUAGACGACGUGCGAAACUGUUGUCUACACAAUGGUUUCUUCCAGAUCACGGGGCAUGCCGUACCGAUCGAGCUGCAAAAGAAAAUGAUGGACUGGAACAAGAAGUUCUUCGAUCUGCCACUGGAGGAGAAGAGCAAAGUGAACAAAGACACAACAAAUACUUGGAACCGAGGCUACGAGCUCCUCAAAUCCCAAAUGCUAGAAGAAGGCACAUCCCCCGAGCUAAAAGAAGGCUACUACAUUGGCGACGAAAUUCCAAAAACACACCCAUACUUCAUCAACAAGAAACUCAAUUCUGGCCCCAACAUAUGGCCCUCAGACUCGUCUCUACCGGACGUCCAAGACUUCAAAAAUACAUCUCUGGAAUACUACGCCCAAGUCGUUCAGCUCGCUAAAGACAUCCUAAAAGUCCUUGCCCUCACCCUCGAUCUGAGCGAAGACUACUUCGACGACUUCGCCAGCGGUGCCGUAGCAACAAUGCGCCUCCUACACUACCCCUCGCAGCCACCCGACAGCCCCGCGAAGCUCACCCGUGGGAUCGGCGCACACACAGAUUUCGGCUGCAUAACCAUUUUACUGCAGGACACGGUUUCUGGCCUGCAAGUCUACGAUUACACGACGAAAGAAUGGCUCGACGUCACCCCCACCCCUGGCGCUUUCGUUAUCAAUCUCGGCAAUUUGAUGAUGCGUUGGAGUAACGAUCGGUACAUAUCUAAUCUCCAUCGCGUUAUCAAUGUGAGUGGGGAGGAGAGGUACAGUAUCCCGGUGUUCUUCUCUGGAAACCCGGAUUAUGUGGUUAGCUGCCUUCCGAAAUGUAAACCGGAGGGGGAGCAGCCGAAGUGGCCUCCAAUUACAGUUGAGAAGGCGAUUCUGGGUGGGUACAGCGAUUCAUAUGGACGAGCGGAGAGGUGGAAGAGAGAUGAAGAGGCGAAGAAGAAGGGCGAGACUAUUGUUGGGAUACAGGAGGUCGCUGUUGCGUAG